AUGUUCAUGUUGCGAUAGACUGGCGAUAAGCAUGCGAUAUGCUUGAGGUAUUUUCAUUUUUUGGAGUGCAAGGUUUUGUACGAUUACGCUGGCGCUAAUCCUACUAACAAGUUCUUGGUAGGCAUAUCAAGAUCGAGUGACUGGAUGCCGCAUCGUACCUUAGGUUUGAAACCUGCGACGUAGAUUUUUGCACCAGUCACUCACCCCUCGUUUUAAAUCGAACAGUAUCUUUGGCCCAGCAUGCUGGCAGCCCGUAUUCACAAGGUAGGUUAUCAGAGGAUUUGUAUGCACGAUUUUCAUUUGGGAAUUGAUGUCGCGAAGCUGAAAUUAGAUUGCACUUUGCGUCUGACAACUGGCAAAUUCCGCCACAAGGUAAUUCAGAAUAAUCAGCAAGGGUUUCAGGAAUUAAGCGCUUGGCUCAACAAACAAGGUGCAGCGAUAGCCCAUGUCUGCAUGGAAGCUACAGGCAUUUAUUGGGAAGCCGUGGCACACUAUUUCGCUCAACAGAAAUUCCCUGUUAGUGUGGUUAACCCUGCACAAAUUAAAGCUUUUGGUGCCUCUCGCUUAGUCAGAACCAAAACGGACAAAGUGGACGCUCGCCUGAUCUCAGAAUUUGCUUUUGAGCGAAAUCCUGGACUGUGGACUGCUCCGUCAUUGGCAGAGCAAGCCCUACGUGCCAUGGUGUUGCGCCUGGAUGCAUUGCAAGUGAUGAGGACACAAGAGCUGAACCGGCUUGAGGUAGCCCGUGAUGCCGUACGACAAGGAUUGGUUAAUCAUAUUGAGUGGCUGGAUAAAGAAAUCAAGUCACUUAGCCGAUCGAUUAACGACCAUAUGAAUGGUGAUCCAGAUUUAAAAGAUAAGCAAAAAUUAUUAGACAGUGUUCCUGGGCUCGGCGAGCGUACAAUCGCUGUACUGCUCUCAUAUUAUGCAGACUCUGAACGUUUUUCUUCAGUAAAGAAGGCCGUUGCCUUUGCAGGUCUUGACCCAGAGCAGCAUGAGUCUGGCAGCAGUGUCUGUCGCAAAGCAAAAAUGUCAAAGGUUGGGCAUACAUUUAUUCGCAAAGCACUCUACAUGCCCGCCAUGGUAACCCUACAUCGAACCGCCUGGGGUAAGGUGUUUCAACAACGAUUAGCCGCAGCCGGAAAACCUGCCAAGCUCAUUAUUGGCGCUAUGAUGAGAAAGUUGAUACAUGUCGCUUUUGGGGUUUUGAAAUCCGGAAAACCAUUCGAUGCUAGCUUGCAUUUCGCUUGA